AAUCAUUGUAUCUUUUAUUUUUUUUAUAAACACGAAAUGAAAUCCUGGAGCAACUUACCAGAAGAAGUUUUGCUCAUAUUCAAUUCCAAUGAUAAUACAUCCUUCUUUGAAGACAGAAAAUUGCUAGAAAAAAAGGAUAUUUUUCAAUGUGAACUUGUCUGCAGAAAUUGGAAAUUGCCUGCACAAAGAACCAACUACAAAUCCUUGACUGUGAGUAGCCGUGAUACCAAAAACUUAAUAAACGCCCUGAAAAGUAGCCAAGAAUCACCCGGUAAAUUUGUUAAAGAGCUUAUUCUUCCUAAUUCAACGAACGGCUUGUGGAAGCAAUGUUUACCUGCUAUGGCCGACAUCUUUCCCUUCAUUGACACAUUGGAGGUGCAUGAACCAAACGAGGACUUUUACUCUACCUUGAUCUCCAUUAGCAGCGCAUCGAAAUGGAAAGGGCUAAAAAACUUUGAAUUCCCAAACAAUGAUUCAGAUCUUGGAAUGUACGCAUCUUGUGUUCAAAACUACCAGAGAAGUUUAGAACGCCUUUUGGUUUGUGACAAGAUCCAGCUCAUCCAUGCAAACGAGGGUGGCAUUAACAACGAACUUUAUUUCAGUCUACUUAAAGAACUCGGACAAUUUUCAAAGCUCAAAGAGUUAGUUAUCAAACGACAUGCUAAUGACUGUUUAGAAUCAUUUGACAAGAUCAUCGAAAAGUGCCAAAACUUGAGAAAAUUGGAUAUUGGAAUCUACCCGAAUUUGACAAUAGAAUAACAACCUCUGAAACAGACCUGUCUCGGAUUAAACCUCGGCCAGAUAUUAAAACACUUGACGGAUUGUUU